UUCGAAGAAUUAAUUAACAGAAUCGAUCAUGGAGAAGCUGCAGCAGGCCGCCACCAUCUUCCUCUUCCUAAGCUUGAUUAGUUUCUUAGCAAAUCUCUCGACAGCGGCGGCCGCCACUUCGCGGGCGGUCUUUGUCUUCGGUGACUCCACCGUCGACGUCGGAAACAGCAACUUCUUGAGUGAUGCACCCAAAGCCAACUUACCCCCUUACGGUGUCGAUUACCCUGGCCGGAUUCCCACCGGCCGGUUCAGCAACGGCUUCCUCGGCGUUGACUUCGUUGCCAAGGCGGCGGGGUUACGCAGGAGCCCGCAACCUUUUCUCUCUCUGGAUCCGAACGCCCGUCACGGGAGGCGAGGAGUAAACUUCGCCUCCGCCGGCUCCGGCGUUCUCGACACCACGGGGAGGUACGUCGUGAGGAUGACGCAGCAAAUACAAUACUUCUCCACGUUCGCCGGGAAUCUCACGGCGGCAAAGGGCGCCCGGUCCGCCGCCACCUUCUUGAACAAGUCACUCUUCUGCGUCAGCGUCGGGAGCAACGACCUCUUCGCCCGCUCCGCCACCCUCAUCCCCGGAAACAGCACCCAGAAGGACGAAAUCGUCGCCGCCGUUCUCCGACAGUUUGCGGACCAACUGCGGAGCCUUUACGAGCUCGGAGCGCGAAAGUUUUCGGUGGCCGGGACCGGGCAGAUCGGGUGCGUUCCGGGCGUCAGGAGGGUGGUUCCGGGGAACGCGUGCAGCCAGGAGCUGAAUGAUCUGUCCCUGAGGUACAAGACCGGCACGAGGGCCCUGUUGGAGCAGCUCGGCAUGGAGCUGGAGGGGUUCAGAUAUUCAUUUUCCGAUUCCUUCGAAAUCGGUAGCCACAUCCAGUCGGAUCCCAAGAAAUACGGUUUUACGGAGCUGGCAGCUGCGUGUUGUGGGUCGGGAAGGUUGAACGCGGAGGGGCGGUGCACUCCCAACUCCACGUACUGCGGCGACCGGAAUCAGUAUUUUUUCUGGGACGAAGUCCACCCGACGCAAGCGAUGUACCGGCUGGGAGCUCGGCUGUCGAUCUACGGGCCACGCCAGUUUGCUUACCCUGUCAACAUCCACAACUUGCUGAAGAAUUAAUUAAUUAAUUAGAAAAUUUAUAUGGUCUUUUAAUUGUCAUAAUUAAUGUCGGGGAAAAAAAUUGAAUUAGUUGGAAUCAGAAAAAUUAAAUAUUUAUUCGUAUAUAUUUAUGGUUUUGAAAUAAUUAGUAAUGA